AAUUGUGAAAAAUAUCAGUUUUUUGAAAAUGAACGGAUUGAUGAUUACAUUCAUUGUUAGCUGUACAAUUGCUCUAGCGAUUGCACAAGGACCUGGUGGUAUGAGGGGUCCACCUCACCCACCUCAUGGUAUGAUGGGAGGUCCACCACCUCCUCCUUGUGGGAUGGGAGGUCCAGAAGGUGGUCAAGGGGGAAUGGGUGGUCAAGCUGAUGGACAAGUGAGUGGUGGAUUUGGUGGUCAAGGUGGAGGAGAAUCUGAUAUGAAUGAGGGGUCAAGACAAAGGAGAAGUUUAGAAGAUGAACUUCAAACUUUUUUUAUCGAAUUUGCGGAAAAAAUUCAUAACGAUAUGCAAGGUCUUGCUGGAGGCGCUAGAGGACGACGUUCACCUCAGAGACGACCUAAAGGACCAGAAGAUAUGGGGAGGAAAUUUUGAUUUAUUAAAUAUGGAGAAAUUGAAAAGUUCGUUAUGACUUUCGCUGAUAUAUUUGAUAUAUGAUGUAUGAUGUAUUUUUAUAUAAAGAUUUAUUAUCACUAAAUCGAGUCAUUGAGUUAUAUAUUUAAGUUUGAUAAAUUCUGUACAUGGCAAUAAAAAUAAUUGCAUU